AUGUUUGCGGUGCACUUGAUGGCAUUUUACUUCUCCAAGCUCAAGGAGGACCAGAUCAAGAAGGUGGACAGGUUCCUGUAUCACAUGAGGCUGUCUGAUGAGACCCUUUUGGACAUCAUGGCACGGUUCCAGGCCGAGAUGGAGAAGGGCCUGGGGCGGGACACCAAUCCCACAGCCUCGGUGAAGAUGCUGCCCACCUUUGUCAGGGCCAUUCCAGAUGGCUCCGAAAAUGGAGAAUUUCUUUCCCUGGAUCUUGGAGGAUCCAAGUUUCGAGUACUGAAGGUGCAAGUUUCUCAAGAGGGAAAGCGAAAUGUCCAGAUGGAGAGUCAGUUCUACCCAACGCCCAACGAAAUUAUCAGAGGGAAUGGCACUGAGCUGUUUGAAUACGUAGCUGACUGUCUGGCUGAUUUCAUGAAGACUAAAGAUUUGAAGCAUAAGAAAUUGCCCCUUGGCCUAACUUUUUCAUUUCCCUGCAAGCAGAAUAAAUUGGAAGAGGGAGUCCUGCUUUCGUGGACCAAGAAGUUUAAGGCUCGGGGAGUUCAGUCCACAGACGUAGUGAGUCAUCUGACCAAAGCCAUGAAGAAACAUCCGGACAUGGAUGUGGAUAUCCUGGCCUUGGUCAACGACACAGUGGGGACCAUGAUGACGUGUGCUUACGAUGAUCCUUACUGCGAAGUUGGCGUCAUUGUUGGCACUGGCACCAACGCGUGUUACAUGGAGGACAUGAGUAACAUUGACCUGGUGGAAGGCGACGAGGGCAGGAUGUGCAUCAACACAGAGUGGGGGGCCUUCGGGGACGACGGGACUUUGGAGGACAUCCGCACGGAGUUUGACAGGGAGCUGGACCUCGGCUCUCUCAACCCAGGGAAGCAACUGUUUGAGAAGAUGAUCAGUGGCCUGUACAUGGGGGAACUUGUCAGGCUUGUAUUGCUGAAGAUGACCCGGGCUGGCCUCCUCUUUGGUGGAAAGAAAUCCUCUGCUCUCCUGACCAAGGACAAAAUUGAGACACGGCAUGUGGCUGCCAUGGAGAAGUACAAAGUAGGCCUGGCCAACACCAGAGAGAUCCUGACAGACCUGGGCCUGGAGCCAACCGAGGCCGACUGCAUUGCAGUCCAGCACGUCUGCACCAUCGUCUCCUUCCGCUCAGCCAACCUCUGUGCGGCCGCCCUGGCGGCCAUCCUCACGCGCCUGCGGGAGAACAAGAAGCUGAUGAGGAUGCGGACCACGGUGGGCAUGGACGGCACCCUCUACAAGACACACCCGCAGUACCCAAAACGCCUGCACAAGGUGGUGAGGAGACUGGUCCCAAAUUGUGACGUCCGCUUCCUCUUGUCUGAGAGUGGCAGCACCAAGGGAGCGGCCAUGGUGACUGCAGUGGCUUCCCGCGUGCAGGCCCAGAGGAAGCAAAUUGACAAGGUGCUGUCCCUCUUCCAGCUGACCCAUGAGCACCUCCUUGGUUUGCGGGAGAAAAUGAGGGUUGAGCUCGAGUAUGGGCUGAAGAAGAAGACCCACCCGCUGGCCACUGUCAAGAUGUUGCCCACCUAUGUCUGCGGGAUGCCCGAUGGCACAGAGAAAGGCAAGUUCCUGGCCCUGGAUCUGGGAGGAACCAACUUCCGUGUCCUCCUGGUGAAGAUCAGAAGAGGGCGAAAGUCAGUGCGCAUGUAUAACAAGAUCUUUGCCAUUCCCCUGGAGAUCAUGCAGGGCACUGGCGAGGAGCUAUUUGACCACAUUGUGCAGUGUAUUGCUGACUUCCUGGAAUACAUGGGCCUUAAAGGAGCCCAGCUACCCCUGGGUUUCACAUUCUCCUUUCCCUGCAGACAGACAGGCAUUGACAAGGGAAAACUUAUAGAGUGGACCAAAGGCUUCAAGGCCACUGACUGUGAAAACGAAGAUGUAGUGGAUAUGCUCAGGGAAGCCAUCAAGAGGAGAAAUGAAUUUGACCUGGACAUAGUUGCAGUGGUGAAUGACACAGUGGGGACCAUGAUGAACUGCAGCUAUGAAGAUCCUAAUUGUGAGAUUGGUCUAAUUGCAGGAACAGGCAGCAACGUGUGCUACAUGGAGGAGAUGAAGAACAUUGAGCUGGUGGAAGAGAAUGACGGGAAGAUGUGCAUAAACACGGAGUGGGGGGGAUUCGGAGAUAAUGGCUGCAUAGAUGAUAUCCGGACCCAAUAUGACAAGGAGGUCGAUGAAGGGUCCCUGAACCCUGGAAAACAAAGGUAUGAGAAAAUGACAAGUGGGAUGUACCUGGGGGAGAUAGUACGACAGAUCCUGAUCGACCUGACCAAGCAGGGUCUUCUCUUCCGAGGGCAGAUUUCGGAGCGUCUCCGGACAAGGGGCAUCUUCGAAACCAAAUACCUGUCCCAGAUUGAAAGUGACCGGCUGGCCCUCCUGCAGGUCCGGGGCAUCCUGCAGCAACUCGGCCUGGACAGCACAUGCGAGGACAGCAUCGUGGUGAAGGAAGUGUGUGGGGCUGUGUCCCGAAGGGCAGCCCAGCUCUGUGGCGCUGGCUUGGCUGCCAUUGUGGAGAAGAGGAGAAAAGACCAGGGGCUUGAGCAUCUGAAGAUCACUGUGGGUGUGGACGGCACCUUGUACAAGCUGCACCCCCACUUUUCUCGGAUAUUGCAGGACACUGUGAAAGAGCUCGCGCCUCAAUGCGACGUGACGUUCAUGCUGUCAGAGGAUGGCAGCGGGAAGGGAGCGGCUCUCAUCACCGCUGUGGCCAAGAGGUUACAGCAGCCGCGGAGGGAGAACUAG